ACGGUUCGCGACGGCAGCUGGAGCUUUCCGUAGUGGCCAGGUCGCUGUUAGUGCAGGUGUAUUGGUGUUCCCUAUCUCCGUCAAGGUGUCAUCACAACUGACGAUACUUCACUUUUUUUCCGUUCCAACAACCAAACCACCUUUGUCCAACUACCACGUCACUCAUUUAAACAACCUUUCCGAUCAAUUGACAAUGCUCGACAAACUCGUAGGCCUCGCCAUGCUCGUGGCCGCCACCUUCGUCUUCCUCUACUACACCAUCUGGACUCUGUUGAUGCCCUUCGUCGACUCCGACCACCCCCUCCAAAACGUCUUCCCCCCUCGCGAGUGGGCCAUCCGCAUCCCCGUGAUCCUCAUCCUCCUGGGCGCAUCCGUCGUCGGCUCCUUUUUGAGCAUGGUGAUGAUCAAGAGCAACAGGAAGAAGGCAGCCAAGGCCAAGGCGGCGGCGGCCAAGAAGAAGGCGUAAAAGCUUCUUAAGAGCCUUUCUUCCGUGACUGGACGGGACAGGAGAGGAAAGGACAGGAUAGGACAGGCGCAAAGCGGCUGGCUUUGGGGGUUUGGAUCUGACCUUAGGGAGGAUCAGGUGGAUUUACUGCGUAGAUGCAAUGUAUACUAUACUGGGUGAUAACGGAAAUAUGAAAGGGGGAAAGUUUGAAACGGCAACCGAGGAAAACAUGAAGCAUGUGGGAUAAGGGUACUGUUCCCGGUGACUUGGAUGUAAUCUCCAAGUUGCUCUGUAAAGGGGCUAUGGGGGACCUGAAAUGUCUGUGAACUCUCCUUCCAUGCGUAUUAGGUUGGUAGGAACAGCAGUUUUAAAACUUUAGUGCACACAGUAUCACAUGUUAUCAUCAAGAACCUCGAACCAUGUUUUUCAC